CCAGUUUCAGUCUCAGACAUUAGAACCAUUUCUUCCUCUCUCUCUCUCUCUCUCUCUCUCUCUCUCGUUUCACCAAAAAAUACUCACCGCAAACCUCACCAAAAACCCUAAAAAUCACAUUUUUUCUCCAAAUCAACACAUCAAGACUCAUUGUAAAGUUGCUGGGUUCAAAAUAUAUUUCUGUUGCUGCGUUUUAACUCUAUUAGGCGUUGUGUUUCUUCUCAUUUUCUUCAUCCAACCCAUUAUUAAGUAUGGAAAAUUACAAGUUCUAUCGUAGUUGGAUGUACGAUCGUAUGUAUGCUGGGAGACGUGGACUUAAACCACUUUUUGAGGAAGGAGUUAAAUUGUUUAUUACAUGGGCAUUUGAUCAAGAAUGUUGUCGGGAAGAGGGAGGAGUGAGAUGUCCGUGUCUUAAAUGUGGAUGUAGACGUAUAAUAAGUGAUCCGAAAGAAGUAGAAACUCAUUUGAAGAGAAAGGGAUUUAAGGAAAAUUAUUGGGUUUGGACAUCAAAUGGGGAAGAAAUGCCGAUAAAUAUGCCAGAGACUAGUAAUUUCCAACAUGGCUCAAGUAGUCGAUCACAGAUGGAAUAUGAAGAACAGUUUAAUCUACACGAUGACAUGAUUGGCGAUGCUUUAGGGGUUAACGUGGCCUACGAUGAACAACAAGAUAGUGGCGAUGAGGAAGAGUUGCCGAAUGAGAAAUCUCAAAAAUUUUACGAGUUGUUGAAAGAAAUAAACACGCCAUUGUUUGAGGGUUCGUCAGACUCUAAAUUGUCUAUGUGUGUGAGAUUGUUGGCUGCAAAAUCAAACUGGAAUGUUCCUGAUCAGUGUCUGGAAUUCUUUUGUCAAAUGAUGUUGGAUGCGACUCCUACGAAAGACAAUUUGCCUAGAAGUUAUUAUGACGCGAAGAAGUUGGUUAUGAAGUUGGGAUUAGAAGUAACGAAGAUUGAUUGUUGCAUUAGAGGUUGCAUGUUGUUUUAUGACAAUGAGUUUGGUACAAACGAUGGAGCGUUAGAGGAAUGUAAGUUUUGUAACAGUCCAAGGUAUGUAGUUCGCACUAAAACCAUUGAUCAUAAGAAAAAACGCAUAGCAGUGAAAUCAAUGUUUUAUCUACCGAUAAUACCAAGGUUGCAGAGAUUGUUUGCUUCAAUGCACAGUGCAAGUCAAAUGACCUGGCAUCAUACAAACAAAACAAGUACAAGCACUAUGCGACAUCCAUCUGAUGGUGAAGCAUGGAAGCACUUUGAUCGGAUGCAUCCUGAUUUUGCCGCAGAACCUAGAAAUGUCAGACUUGGAUUAUGCUCAGAUGGUUUUACUCCAUAUGUCCAACAGUCGGGAACUGGAUAUUCUUGUUGGCCGGUUAUUGUUACUCCUUACAACCUCCCCCCUGAGAUGUGCAUGACAAAGCCUUACAUGUUUUUGACUUGCCUCAUUCCAGGGCCGUCGAGUCCAAAAGCAGGAAUUGACGUGUAUUUACAGCCUUUAGUUGAUGACUUAAAGAGGUUGUGGAUUGGAGAAUGUACUUAUGACAUAUCUCGUAAACAAAACUUCAACAUGCGAGCUGUUUUGAUGUGGACUAUUAACGAUUUUCCUGCAUAUGCCAUGUUGUCUGGUUGGGGUACACAUGGUAAAAUGGGAUGUCCUCAUUGCAUGGAUAAGACGAAGGCGUUUACAUUGGAUAAAGGAGGAAAAAGUUCGUGGUUUGACUGUCAUCGUAGAUUCCUACCAAAAAACCACAUACUUAGAAAAAACAUGAAUGAUUUCAGAAAAGGUAUAAAAGUAACAGAUUUUCCUCCCCCCCGUUUUUCAUCAGUUGAAGUAUGGAACAUGGUACGUGAUCUACCAAAAUUCACAGACAAUGGAAAAGCGAUCAGAAUUCCAGGAUACGGGGACAAACACAAUUGGACUAAAAGAAGUAUUUUUUGGGACCUCCCAUAUUGGAAAGAUAGUUUAUUGCGACAUAAUCUUGAUGUUAUGCACAUAGAGAAGAAUUUUUUUGAUAAUGUAUUUAAUACAGUGAUGGAUGUCCAAGGCAAGACAAAAGAUAAUGAGAAUGCUAGAAAAGACAUGGAACUAUAUUGUAAUCGAAAAGAUUUAGAGUUGAAGACUCUACCAAAUGGGAAGCUAUUAAAACCCAAAGCUACUUAUAGUCUAACUCCACAAGAAGCCAAGCUUGUUUGCCGAUGGUUAACUGAAUUGAGAAUGCCCGAUGGUUAUGCCUCUAACUUGGCAAGAUGUGCCAACGCCAGCACUGGCAAGGUGACUGGAAUGAAAAGUCAUGAUUGCCAUGUUUUCAUGGAACGACUUCUUCCAAUUGCCUUCAGCUCAUUGCCAACACAAGUGCUCAAUCCACUAACUGAAAUUAGUCAGUUUUUUAGAGAUAUUUGUGCAUCAAUUUUAAGAGUCGAUGACCUAAUUAAGUUGGACCAAGACAUUCCUCUCAUUCUAUGCAAGUUGGAACAAAUUUUUCCACCUGGUUUUUUCGAUUCAAUGGAACAUCUUCCUGUGCAUCUUGCAUAUGAAGCUUUUCUGGGUGGACCUGUUCAAUAUAGGUGGAUGUAUCCUUUUGAAAGAUUCAUGGGUGAUUCAAAGAGAUCUGUGAAAAAUAAGGCUAAAGUGGAGGGUUCGAUAUGUGCACAUUAUUUGCAUCGGGAAACAUCUCAUUUUUGCUCUCAUUAUUUCAAUCACAUGAUGUUAAUUCCAAGAAUCACAAGGAAUGAAGUUAAUGUUACAGAAAGAAGUCAAUUCACCUUAUCCAUCUUCGGACUUCCUGGUCGUAGUUCUGGAAAGACGAAUGUGCACUGGCUGACCGAAAAGGAAUUGCAAUCUGCUCAUGUUCAUGUAUUGAUUAAUUGCGUUGAAGUUAAACCAUACAUUGAGUUAUAUAAUAACUUCCAAUAUGAACUCACCGGUGAACAAGCAACAACCACUGACAUACAUGCUUAUUUUCCUUUAGGGAAGGGUUAUUCCUAUUAGUAUUCUGGAUUCUGGAUAUGUUUUUGUUGUAUUUAUAUCUGAUUCUGAUAUGGGAUCAGUUAUUUUAGGACCUGCCAUUGAACUUAACUAUUUUUCAUAUGAACAAUAACCAAAUAGUUUGAACCAUGUAAGGAGUUUUACUAGUAAGAACCUGGAAGUAGUUUAGACCCAUCUAUUGAAUGGUAUCCGGAGGUAGCUGAGAGGCCAAGGUUUCCAAAAGUAACCGCGACGAGGUUGUUGUAGCCAUGGACAUGUUGAAUUCAGUUUGUAUUUGGUAGGUAGCAGUAUGUAUCUUGCGUUGAGUGGUGGAGGGGAGAGAUUGUGUUGUGUUCAGUUUUGGUAGGUAGCAGUAUGUUUCUUUUACUAUUUCAUCUCUUUGCUUUUAAUUUUUCUUUUAUGAUUUCAUCUUUGUUUUUCAAUUUUACGCUCAAUUUUGGUAUCAUAAUUUUAAUCUCACAAUUUCAUCUCUCCGAUUUUUUUAGACUAUAUGUUUUUGUUGUAUUUAUAUCUGAUUCUUUUUUUAAUACAAGCAUGUUAAUUGCUAACUAAAUUUUUUAAUAUAUGAUGAUAUCCUUGUUGUUGAUGUUUGAAUAAAAUUGUGUGAUGACUUGUUGGUUUAUGUGUAUCUCUUCAUAGAACCCCAUGCUAUUUAUUAAGUUUUGAUGCUGCCUCUAUUUUUCUCAUGUGAUCCAAUAAGUGCAUAUUUAAGGUUUCUUGAAGUUUAGUUUGAUGGCUUCAUAUUA